GUACUGAACUCACUCAAUCAGUAGCUUAAUAUGCAGCCGUUACUCACUUGGCUGGAACACAGAGAAAAGUGACUGAAAGGCGGAUUCGCUGCCACAUAUAAUAAGGAGAAUAAUUCUUCGUUUUGCGUGAACAAAAUCGAUUAUCAACAAUGAAAGGAGCGUAAUGGGAUUUGUCUGUCUUGAAGGAUAUUCUAUGUAGACGUUCAGAAGGAAUCCUGUUCAGAUUCCUCUGUGGUCGAACCUUAACGUUUGGUUUUACUGUACAUUGGGCGUUUUUCUUUUAAGCAUAGGGUAACCUACCUGUACGUUCAAUGUAGGCUAUCUUCAUUUACCUCUUUAGUUGUAGUAGGUCAAGGGUGCCCAUACGGACGUAUCGGUAACGGGGGGGACAGUCCAAGGCUUUUUCAAAAAAUGUAAUGCAUGCCUUGUCCUCUUAAAGGAGGGUACCGAAGCAUCUCAAUCGAGUGAAGCUGAUCUACGCGGCGUUUGUGGAUUUAUUUUUCAGCGAGAGUGGACGUAUAUCAAUGGACAUAUAUUUACUCUUUUGGACAAAAUGAGUGCCUGUUUGAUUAAAUCAACCACAUGAGCGACGUUCGUUUAAAUUAGGGUCGUGCUCACUGGGGAAAGGAGACGCUGGAAAUUCUCCGAGUAGGGGACGGCUUUUAUUCAUAUUCUCUGAGAUUGUAGCUGCUGUCUCCGCGGAUAUGGAAAACGAGGUUUUUACGCCUCUGUUGGAGCAAUUUAUGCUCACGCCGCUGGUGUCCUGGGUCAAGACUGUCGGACAGCAGUCUGUCCACGAUGGCACCAAACUCUCGGAAUACGUUGAAUUAGUGGACGGGAUCUAUUUAAACCAGAUAAUGUUAGAGAUAAACCCGAAAGCCACAGUCCAGAGGACCAACAAGAAGGUGAACAAUGACUCUACUCUGCGCAUACAGAACCUCUCCAUCCUGAUUAAGCAGAUCAAGUCCUACUACCAGGAGAGCCUCCAGCAGCUGGUGAUGAUGCCUCUGCCCAACGUGCUGGUUCUGGGGAGGAACCCUCUCACUGAACAAGGUCUGGAGGAGAUGAGGAAACUGCUGCUACUGCUGCUUGGCUGUGCUGUCCAGUGUGAGAAGAAAGAAGAGUACAUUGAGCGGAUCCAGAGCCUGGACUUUGACACUAAAGCUGCCAUAGCAGCUCACAUCCAGGAGGUGACCCACAAUCAGGAGAAUGUGGUGGACCUGCAGUGGCUGGAGGGAGGAGAACUCGCCCCAGAGGAUCUGGACGAGCUCUCCAGGACCCUGGCCUUCCACCUCAAACGCCUGGUGGACGAGAGGGACGACCAGCUGGAGACCAUCGUGGAGCUGACCCAGGAGAGGGACUGUGGUCAGUUCUCUCCCCUGGCACCCUACGCCCAGUCCCCCAACGACUCGCCCAGCAUGCGGCGCACUGAGAGCCGCCAGCACCUGUCUGUGGAGCUGGCGGACGCCAAGGCCAAGAUCAGACGCCUGCGGCAGGAGCUGGAGGAGAAGAGUGAGCAGCUGCUUGACUGCAGACAGGAACUGGAGCACAUGGAGACAGAACUCAAGAGGAUUCAACACGAGAGCCAGCAGCUGCUGUCGGACGCACGGUCAGCGCGGGCCUACCGCGACGAGCUGGACGCCCUGAGAGAGAAGGCCGUCCGUGUGGACAAGCUGGAGAGCGAGGUGGGCCGGUACAAGGAGCGGCUCCACGACAUCGAGUUCUACAAGGCCAGAGUAGAGGAACUGAAGGAGGACAACCAGGUUCUGCUGGAGACCAAGUCCAUGUUGGAGGACCAGCUGGAAGGCACCAGAUCCCGCUCCGACAAGCUCCACGAACUGGAGAAGGAGAGCCUGCAGCUCAAGUCCAAGAUCCACGAUAUGGAGAUGGAGCGGGACAUGGACAGGAAGCGCAUGGACGAGUUGAUGGAAGAGAACCUGGUUCUGGAGAUGGCCCAGAAGCAGAGCAUGGACGAGUCCCUCCACCUGGGCUGGGAGCUGGAGCAGCUGUCCAAGACCCCCGACGUCACCGAGGUCCCCCAGAAGUCCUUGGGCCACGAGGUGAACGAGCUGACCUCCAGCCGACUGCUCAAACUGGAGAAGGAGAACCAGACGCUGCUGAAAACCGUCGAGCAGCUGAGGGGCGUGGCCGACAGCACCGGAGACAUGCCCUCACGCCUGCUGAAAGCCAAUCAGGAGAACCAGAGGCUUACCCAGAAACUGGAGCAGUUGGAGCUGGAGCUGACUUCUGACAGGGAGAGCGUCCGCAGCGCAGAGGGCCUCAGCACGGAGCUGAUGAAGGAGAAGGCCCUGCUGGAGAAGACGCUGGAAACUCUGAGGGAGAACUCGGAACGACAGGUAACAGGUCUGGAGCAGGAGAACGAGCACCUCAACCAGACCAUCUCGUCGCUGCGCCAGCGGUGCCAGGUGGGCACGGAGGCCCGGGUCAAAGACGUGGAGAAGGAGAACCGGGUCCUUCACGAGUCCAUCCGGGAGACCAGCUCCAAGCUCAACAAGAUGGAGUUUGAGAGGAAGCAGCUGCGCAAGGACCUGGAGCUGUGCAAGGAGAAGGGCGAGAGGGCCGAGGAGCUGGACCUGCAGGUGCAGAGGCUGGAGAGGGACAACGAGAGCCUGCAGAAGAGAGUGGCCAGUCUGGGCAUCACCUGUGAGAAGGUGUCUGCCCUGGAGAAGGAGAACAGCGAGCUGGAGGCGGAGACGCGGCGUCUGAAGAAGAAGGUGGACGCCCUGAGGAACACCUCCUUCCAGCUGGAGGCCCUGGAGAAGGAGAACGCCCAGCUGGAUGAGGAGAACCUGGAGCUGCGGCGGGCGGCGGAGAGCCUGCGCUCGGCGGGGGCCAAGGCUGCCCAGCUGGAGAUGGAAAACAGGGAGCUGGAGAGUGAGAGGAGCCAGCUGAAGCGCAGCAUGGAGCUGCUCAAGGCCUCCUCCAAGAAGACUGAGAGGCUGGAGGUGAGCUACCAGGGCCUGGACACAGAGAACCAGCGUCUGCAGAAAGCCCUGGAAAACAGCAGCCGUAAGAUCUCCCAGCUGGAGGCAGAGCUGCAGGACGUGGAGGCGGAGAACCAGAGCCUGCAACGCAGCCUGGAGGAGCUGAAGAUCUCCAGCAAGCGCCUGGAGCAGCUUGAGCAGGAGAACAAAACUCUGGAGCAGGAGAGCUCUCAGCUGGAGAAGGACAAGAAGCUGUUGGAGAAGGAGAACAAGCGUCUGCGUCAGCAGGCCGAGAUCAGGGACUCCAAGCUGGACGACAGCAACCAGCGCCUCUCCCAGCUGGAGAAGGAGAACCGCACGCUGGGCAAGGAGAUGAUCUUCUUCAAGGACUCCUGCACUCGUGUCAAAGACUUGGAGAAGGAGAAUAAGGAGCUGGUGAAACUCACGUCCAUCGACAAGAAGACCCUAGGCACACUCAGAGAGGAACUGGUGAGUGAGAAGCUGAAGACUCAGCAGAUGAAUAAUGAUUUGGAGAAGCUGACUCACGAGCUGGAGAAGAUAGGCCUGAACAAGGAGGGACUGCUGCACGACGAGCAGAGCUCAGACAGAUACAAGCUGCUUGAGUCCAAGCUGGAGUCUUCUCUGAAGUCCUCUCUGGAGAUUAAGGAGGAGAAGAUCGCUGCCUUGGAGGCAAGGCUGCAGGAGUCGUCCAACCUCAACCAGCAGCUACGCCAAGAACUCAAAACAGUGAAGAAGAACUAUGAGGCGCUGCGCCAGAGAGAGGAGGAGGAGAGGAUGGUGCAGAGCUCGCCCCCUAGAGGAGAGGAGGACUCUCAGACCAGCAGGUGGGAGAAGGAGAGUCACGAGGCCACGCGGGAGCUUCUGAAGGUCAAGGAUCGCCUCAUCGAGGUGGAGAGGAACAACGCCACCCUCCAGGCUGAGAAGCAGGCGCUGCGUAGCCAGCUGAAGCAGCUGGAGACCCAGAGCGGUAACCUGCAGGCCCAGAUCCUGGCCCUCCAGAGGCAGACAGCCACCCUGCAGGAGAACAACACCACGCUGCAGACCCAGAACGCCAAGAUCCAGGUUGAGACCUCCACUCUCAACUCCCAGAGCGCCGCCCUGAUGGCCCAGAAUGCACAGCUGCAGAGCCAGCAGAUGAGCACGGAGAGCGAGAAGGAGGGGGCGGUGCGCGAGAAGGAGGACCUGAGGUCCACCUACGAGCUGCUGCUGCGGGACCACGAGAAGCUGGCCGCCCUCCAUGAGAGGCAGGCGUCCGAGUACGAGGCCCUGAUAGGCAAGCACGGGGGGCUGAAGAGCGCCCACAAGAGCCUGGAGAUGCAACACAGAGACCUGGAGGACAGGUACAACCAGCUGCUGAAACAGAAGGCUCAGCUGGAGGAGCUGGAGAAGGUUCUGAAGACGGAACAAGAGAAGAUGCUCUCUGAGAACAAGAAUCACGAGGUGACGGCCGCAGAGUACAGCAAGCUGAAAGAGGAGAACGAGAAGUUGAACGUGGCUCAUCGUCAGCUGGUGAAGGACAACGAGAGCCUCCAAGCCGACCACAAGAGCCUGAAGACCCAGAUGAACAAUGCCACGCUAGAACAGACCAGGCUGGAGGCUGAGUUCUCCAAGCUGAAGGAACAGUACCAGCAGCUAGACAUCACCUACACCAAGCUCACCAACCAGUGUGAGCUGCUGAGUCAGGUGAAAGGGAACCUGGAGGAGGAGAACCGACACCUACUGGACCAGAUCCAGACGCUGAUGCUGCAGAACCGGACCCUGCUGGAACAGACCAUGGAGAGCAAGGACCUGUUCCACGUGGAACAGAGACAGUACAUAGACAAGCUGAACGAGCUGAGGAGGCAGAAGGAGAAACUGGAGGAGAAGAUCAUGGACCAGUACAAGUUCUACGACCCCUCUCCUCCACGCAGACGCGGGAACUGGAUCACUCUGAAGAUGAGGAAACUGAUCAAGCCUAAGAGCCGUGAGAGGAUGCGCUCGCUGACCCUGACGCCGUCGCGCUCAGAGUCCAGCGAGGGCUUCCUGGGGCUGCCCCUGGGGCUGCCCCUGGGGCUGCCCUUGGACAGCCAGGACAGCUCCUCCGUGGGCUCAGGGUCCAACUCUCUGGACGACACUCUCACACAGAAGAGGAGCAGCACUCUCAAAAGGUUGCCCUUUAUGAGGAACCGGUCCAAGGACAAGGACAAAGCGAAGGCCAUCUACAGACGGUCCAUGUCCAUGAACGACCUGCUCCAGACCAUGGCCCUGGCAGGGCCCGGCACGGGGGGCCAGUGGGUGAGCAGCUCGGACAACCUGGACGGCCCAGAGGACGUGGAGGGGGGUGGCAGCGGCGGGCAGCGUAUGAAGGAGCUGGGCUCCAUGGCUUAUUCCACCAACGCCAUCGACUACGCCACCCUCAGCCUGCCUGCCGGACAUCGGGGCAGACAAAGGCUCAGGGUCAAAGACAACGCAUCCUGUGAGGACGUGCCUGCGUCCUCAGAGGAGCCCAGCGGGGUCAGGGGUCAAGGCCUGCAGGUCUGUCACAGGCCUCAGACGCUCUCUCCUCUCCACCCCAACACUAUGUGCAGAGUUCCCUGUAGCAUCUGUACCUCCAGACCCUCCAGCCUCCAUAGCAACAAGACCACGCGUAGUAAUAGUAAUAAUAACUCCCACCUCCCUUCUCCACUCGAGGGCAAAGGCACGUUGAACGGCAGCCUGAGCAGGCCGCACAGUGAGAGCAGCGGGGAGUUCAGUCUGAGCCUGGACGCUGAGGUGUGGUCAAGCAGCGGCAGCAGCCCCGUCCAGCAGCCCCCGUCCCGCUCCUCCCACCAGAGCCCCCUGCAGCUCCGCAGAGCACUGGAGACGUCCGCCCCCUCCUCCACACCUGGACCAGGCACCUCCGGCCGGGCCAGGAAGAAGUCAGGCUCCCCGGGCAGCGAGGUGGUCUCCCUGCAGCAGUUCCUGGAGGAGAGCAUUGAUCCUGACGAGUCUGGCAGCCAGGAGAACCUGACCGUAGACUCCCCCCGCCUCUCCGGAGGCACUGAGCACGUGCAGAAGGACCGAAGCUCCGCCUCCACCAAGGGGCGGGGCAUCCUGCGCUCAGCCAGUGGGAGGGCAGCACCGGUGAACUCGGACUCCCGCCCGCCCAGAUCCGGCCAACCGGGACGUCCGACCCUGAGGAAGGCGGAGAGCACGCGCGUGAAGGGCUCGGUCCCGCCGCGGCCCAGCCUGUCGUCCCAGGGCAAGGCCACGUCGGUGUGUGAGCGUCUGGACUCGGCCUCCACGCUGCCUCGCGCGAGCAGCGUCAUCUCCACAGCCGAGGGCACGACCCGCCGGACCAGCAUCCACGACCUCCUGUCCAAAGACAACCGCCAGCCCGUCUCUGUCGACCCUAUACCCUCAUCAUCCUCCUCCAAGGCCGCGCCCCGCGCCACACCCAGUGAGUACCUCCCUUCCUCCACCACCCUCUCCCCCUCCCAGCUGACGCGGCCUAGCCCCCCGGUGCCCCUGCCCAAGUCCAUCAGCCUGCCCUGCCGCAAGGAGGAGGCGGACUUCUCCAGCCUGGAGUCCUUCUUCGGCUCCUCCUUCACGGUAGAGUCGGUCUUCAUGGACUCCAUCUUCAGCGAGCCCACCUUCUCCGGGAGUGCGGGCAAGAACCUCCCCUUCUUGUCCCUCAACCCGUCCCUCGUCAGCAACAUCAGUGGUCCCCCUGGCAAAUCCCACCCCCGCCCCUCCCUUGCCCAAACCUCCCUCAACCAAUCAAGCGGUCAGAAUGGGCUGAAGCCCAGCCCACCUGACCAGGGAGAGAAUCAAGAGGGUUUAGAUUGUAAUCAUGUGAUUGAUGCUGACCAAUCACCGUCACCUAGCCCAGAGGACAACCAAUCACUGUGGUAUGAGUAUGGGUGUGUGUGAAUGUUGGGAGGGUAACCUGAUCGGUGAUGUGGAUAAGGACCAGUGACUGGGCUAUGGACGGGAAAUGAAACUCUUUUGUUUUUGCAUGUCUGAUGAAAACCCUAUCAUUCAUGCUUGCAAUCUUUUCUGUUGGAUGUUUUCAUAUGGCUGAUUAUUUGUGAUAAUCACUGUUUCUCUCACCCCUGGUGUAGUCUCUCCCUUCUCUGUGUGAUGGUGAAGAGCUCUAUGGAGGUCUCUCCACCAAGGUUCAUGUUCAUUCACACAAUCUCUGUUGGCUUGCUAACACUAAGACUAUUAUCUGCAUUAGCAGUGUCAAAUACAGUGUUUAUGGUUUUAGUAUGAAUUCUACCCACCACCAAAUUAUUUGAAAAAGCGGCAGAUGUAUUGCAGACCUAAGCCAAAGAGCUAAAAAUAUAUGGUAAUUUUAGAUGUUGACACUACACUCAGUUCAUCUCCAAUAUAUCAAGUCAGAGAUGUAACAGUCAUGUUAGUAGAGUUAAAGAGAGAAAGGAGGCUUGUAGAACAGGUCCCAAGGUCUGUCUGGGAAACCGCCAAUUAAAAGCCUAUCACAUUUCUGGAGCCUGAUUUAUGUAAUUUAUCCCUUUAGAGAAAAUGGCUACUAUCUUUAACAGGAAACCAGUUUCCUCGUCUAUUUAUGUCGCACAGAUAAUAGAUCCAGUCUCCCCUAACCUCUUGGUGUUUGUUACGUGGGAAACUUUUAAAAUGUUCUGUUGUAUCUCAUCCUUCCCUUCUUCACACCAACCUAAUUCUAGUUCUAUAUUCACUGAGAUGCAUGGCUUUUGUUCUUUGUUCCUGGUGUGUGGCCUCUGAACUUCCCAUUUUGAUUGUUUUCAAAUCAAAAUAUUACUGUGUUUUUAUUUUGGUGGCGUUUUGUAAGUCUGUGCAUAAAGGCACUGUUUUCUAUUCUUUUUUUGUUUCUUUUUUUUGUGUACAUUCUUCAGCGUGGGUAGAUUUGAUUGGUUGUUCAUGUGAAUAGGCGGUAAUGGUUUCUUGGUUAAAGAAAGGGGCUUCAUUCACAGAAUGAUCUGAUGGGGGAAGUUGGGAAAGAGGAAUCUAACUUGAGUUGGAUGUAGUUUAUAUUUGCCAGUGUUUAUAACCUGCUGAAUGCUCUCUCAACUAACUAGGUUGAAGAGAUAUAUUUUUUUGUGUGGAUGAAGGCUCUUUCUUUCCAGGGGUGGAUAUUUUGAUCUUGAGACUUGUGGGUGUACACAUCCAUUCACUACAAAUUCAAAUUUCACGACAGCUAAUGAUCAACUGAUUAGAUCUUGUACAGACCAUUAUACACACCAUAUUAAAUUAUAUUCCAGGACAGAAUGCACUGCUUCAUGCACUAGCAGUAGAAGGAGAGCAACGUCAUGGCUUUUAGUCAAUAGGUUCUUAUUUAUUCCUGCUUUUUCACUUUUUAUAUUUAAUCGUUUGAAGUAUUGCUUUGCUGGUAUUUAUCUUGUUGUGUGUUUGUGAACAGUACAGCCUAACCUCUCUGCCUGUGUCCAGGUGUGUUGUGAUGACCUUGCCUUUGUUCUGCAGAUGUGGAAGGGUUACAGGAGCGCAGAAAGUCUAAAAGCAGCAUGGGGGAGCGGCAAAGCUCCUAAACGCUUCUCAGCGUCGCCCACUGUUCUGUGAGCCCGUGUGGUGAGUGCUGCCGCUGCAAGACGCGGGAGGAAGGGCGGGGGGUUGAGGGGGGGAGGGCGGGGGUCGUCAUGGUAACCUCAACUGGUGUAACAGAUGUCCUCCGAUCCCGCACGCGCCCCCUUGCUUCAAAGCUGCCGCAACCGCGACCCCCCCCCCCCCCCUUCCACCCCGCUAGGUGGUGCCCCUGGUGGCCUGUGCCCGUUAACCGUACACGGGAGGAACCAUGUCUGCAUGGCGUCUGGUGGAACGACACGCUUUACCCGUUUGUGUCCGAAAAAAGAGAACCUCAGCCCAAGAGCAUUAGAAGGUUGUACACCUACAUGCACUCCAUCCCAGCCCUGUUUAUGUGUAUAUCAAGGUGAUGGCAAAUCUCUGCAGCACUUGACCUCUGUUGAGAAUAAAACUUGUCGUUGUGUUAGUGGCACUCGUAUCAGGUUGUGUUCUAUGUGAGUGGUUCUAUACAGUACUGCAUGGCUUUGGUGUCACACUGAAACCCUUCCCCCUGUCCCUUGCAGUGCAUGUAGUUCCAUCCUGGCUGCUUUCCUGUACGUCCCCUUCAAUGUCACUUUCUCUUCUUCUUGAACUUUCCGCUUCUCCUUUUAACCUCUCUUCUAUGUCCUCUCUUCUGUCUUCUUGUCUUUACUCUUUUCUGUCUGCCUUUUACUCAGAGAGAAAAGUGACCUUCAAGCUGUUUGUCUGAACUGAAGCCUUUUUAGAGUUGGUCUGCUGAGAUGAACUUCAGUGAGAAAAAGAUUGUAAAUCUCUGUAUGUGUUUCAAAAAGUUAAUCAGUAGAGAAAAAUAAACUUCAUCCUUUUUUUUCUUCCUUGAAUCAAGGAAAUGAAAGAGAAAAAAAAACUCUUUAAAGUAAUGUGGUGACAGUUGUUUUCUAUAACUGACUGUGUCUCUUUGCGCUGCUGUGUGAUGGUAUGUAAGUGCUUGCCAUGCACUCUACACAGACCAACUGCAGGUGCCAACAGACGUUCAUGCUAAGCCAAAAGGGUGAGCUUGAACCAGACCCUGAGGACCACCAUAUCCUCUGUGUGACUAGGAGUCAGCUGGACUUUUAGCCGCCUGCCAUUUUGACAAUAAUGCUUUUUUCCUUUUUGUAAAUGAGCAUGCACAUGCAACAUCUUUUUACUGUGGAACUAACAAGCCAAGGGCUGGCCUGGACAUUCAGCCACUGGCACAGAACAAUCAGUUUAAACGCAUGUGGACCACAACAAGACUUACCAGGUCAAGCAUUGGGCCAAUCACAAUCUGCAUGGAGUCAACCAAUCACCACGCUUCCCUACCCUGUCAGAGUAGACCAUGUUCCAACGAGUGUUGUUUCUUUUUCUCUGAAAUGCCAAAAUGACAAUGGUAGGAUGUCAUGCCAACGGAGUGAUUGACAGCCAAUUAAGUGAACGUUGUGAGUCAGAAUCAGAGCAAGCUCAGCUGUGUUAGUAUGCUUGUGUACAUACAUGCUCACUAUCAGAAUACUGUGUCUGUUAUGACGACGAUGAUGACCUAGUGUUUUCUUCCUUUUCCACUUUUACAUAAAUUCAUUUGAUGUGAUUAAAACCGAUUCCUGUCAUUUCAAA